AUGGACAAACUCCGAAACUACUUCCACGUGGACUACAAGCCCGGGGAGCGUGUCCUCGUGCAAAAGAUCGACUUCUUUAUCCUCACAUUUUGCUGUUUGAGCUACUUCGUCAACUAUCUUGAUCGCAGCAACAUUAACAAUGCUUAUGUUUCAGGCAUGAAAACCGAUCUCAACUUCCAAGGAGACCAGCUCAACCAAAUCUUCACAUGUUUUACUGUCGGAUAUGUCAUUGGACAAAUUCCAUCCAACUUGUCCCUCCAGUAUAUCAAGCCAAGGAUAUGGUUCCCGCUAAUGAUGGUCCUCUGGGGUGGGUUGACAAUGGUUACUGCUUCAGUAAAGUCCCCACAAUCUAUUAUGGCGAUUCGAUUCUUUCAGGGUAUCUGUGAGGCCUCUACAUUCGUAGGCACUCAUUACAUCCUGGGAUCAUGGUAUACGGAGCGUGAAUUGGGAAAGCGAAGUGGUAUUUUCACCGCUUCUGGUCUGGCAGGGACCUUUAUCGGUGGAUUUAUUCAAACUGGAAUCCAUUCUAGUAUGAAUGGCCUCCACGGGCUCGCUGGAUGGCGCUGGCUAUUCAUCAUCGACGGUCUUCUCACAAUCCCCGUCGCCAUCUAUGGCUUCUUCCUUUUCCCAGAUACACCAUUCACGACAACGGCUUUCUACCUCAGCGAGGAAGAGAAACAGCUUGCUCGCGAGCGAGUGCCACCGCCUCCUGAGCAACGACCCUUGACCUUCUCGUUUGCCAAGAAGGUCCUCACCUCGUGGAAGUGGUGGGGUUUUGUAAUUCUCUGGAUCUUUGCCGGAGAGACAGAAUCCUUCAGCACCAAUGCCCUACUCAACCUCUACAUGCAGAGCCACCCGACCAAGAAGUAUACAGUUGCUCAGCUGAACAAUUACCCGACGGGUGUUCCCGCCGUCGGUAUCGUCUCAACUCUAUUCUGGGCGGCGCUGACCGAUUUCCUGGGGGGCAAGAGAUAUUUUGUCGCCUACUUCAUUGGCAUCACAGGCAUAGCCACCUCAAUCAUGGUGCUCGUAGCAGCCCGCAACCCAACAAGCGAUGCAUCGACAACCGUAACGUUCGCUGCGUAUUACUGGGCAGGCUCUGUGUAUGCUUGCCAAGCAACCUUCUUUGCCUGGUGCAACGACGUUAUGCGAUUUGAUGAGGCCGCUUUCAGAGGUGUUGUGCUUGCCGGCAUGAACGUGGGCAGCAAUGCUGUGAAUGCCUGGUGGAGCAUCCUCUUUUACGGUGCCUCAAUGGCUCCUUGGUUUAACCGAGGAAUGUGGGCUAUGAUUGCUACUUGUAUCGGAUUGGCAGUGUGGGCCGGGCUUCUAUCCUACUUCGCUCGAAAAUACAACAAAACGACUGCGAUCGAAGCCGAGGAGCAAGUCAGAGCUAGCGAGCUUGCGACCGAGAAGAUGGACGAGCACACAUGA